AUGCUUUAUAGAUCAACAUUUGCUUUUAUUGUUGGUUAAACAAACGUGUGGUUCCAAGGUGAAGGAAACAACACUUUUAUUCAAAAGGAUGAACUAUCCAAGUUGGCAUCACCUAUGGCCGCUGACUUAUCAUCUGAUGAUUCAGCUUCAACUGAUGAAGAUGUUGCUGAUCAAUGCAAGAGAAUUCAAUAGAUCAUUAAGGUAUCUGAGGACAAGGCUAAGCUUUUUGAAUUAGAUUCUAGAGUUGGUCUCAACGGAUCAAAGAGUCACUGGAGCUUCCCAUGCAUGCAAGAUGAAGAAUCAAAGAGAUUCUAUAUCUGGCUCGGAGAUGUUAGCAUUGAGAAACUAACCAAGUCCAUCUUCAUGAAUCUUGUUAACUUUGCUGAGAAGGCUGGUUCCCAAAAGAUGAUACUCAUUUAAGACAGAGAUCACAGACAAAAGGAUUAAUUCUAAAAGCUAUUCAAGGUUCUUGAUGCUCAUAGAGUAAGCAAGAGAGGAAUGGAAGAAAUGAUCCAGGCCGAUCAACUCAAUGAGUGCAUUGAAUCCUACGCCCUCUACAGAAUCGACCUAGUGCCAAAGGAUUUAAAGAUGUUUGAAGGGCUGGGCAGUAACUCGUUAUCUCUUUCGUAGUGGCCAACCACUGCUCAUUGGGAUAUGAGUGAGUACUUCUCUCCUAUCAGGUUAGGUUACGUGCUGCCUAUAGCUUUAAGUAGUUUUCUUUAAACACCUAAUCCUUGA